GCGGGCCCGGAAGUGGGGUGCGCGGGGCUCCGAGGCCGCGGCGCGGUUCCGAGCGGGGCCGCCUGGGGUGUCGCAGUCGCCGGUGGGAGGUCCCCGGGCCCCGGGCAGCCCGUGAGCGGCGGCCAGCGCCUGCCGCCGGCCGGAGCCGCGACGGGCCGCCGGAAGCUCUUCUCCGGGCGGAGCGCGCCGUUCGAGGGCCCGGCCGGGGCCCCCGGCGGCCAUGGCCCCGCCUCCCGGGGCCGCGCCGGCCUCGCUGCGCCUGGCGGCCGCGGCCUGCUGGCAGGCGGUGCGCCGGCGCCGCGUGGAGCACUUCCCGCGCGUGCUGGAGUUCCUGCGCUCGCUGCGCGCCGCCGCGCCCGGCUUGGUCUUCUACCGGCACCACGCGCGCCUGUGUCUGGGGCUGAAGGCCAAGGUGGUGGUGGAGCUGAUCCUGCAGGGCCGACCUUGGGCCCACGUCCUCAGCGCCCUGAAUCACCAUUUCCCGCCGUCCGGACCUAGACUGCGGGACCCUAAAAUUACAAAGCGAGACCUGAGAAAGAUCUCGGAGGCUGAAGAAACGUUUUGCCAGCAGGUGAAACAGCUGUCAGAGAACUCCGAGGAUUUGGCCUCCAGCCUGCAGGAACUUGAACAAGAGUAUGGAGAACCUUUUCUUGCUGCCAUGGAAAAGCUGUUUUUCGAAUACCUGUGUCAGCUAGAAAAAGCACUGCCCACACUGCAGGCAGAGCAGCUCCAAGAUGUGCUGAAUUGGCUUCAGCCUGGGAUUUCUGUGACCUCUUCUCUUACCCUGAGGCAGUAUGGCGUGGACAUGGAGUGGCCUCUUCCAGCCUCGUUUUCUUUUUCAGAAAACUCUGACUCAGUGAAACUGACAGAAUCUGUGAAACAGACUCCUCCUUCACAGCCCAAACCUGCUCUCUACAGUCCUCUGCCAAAAGCUAAGCCUACUUCCCAAGGACCAGCCUCAAAGAAGAACCUAGAACUUUUAUCAGGCCACCACUUCAAUCUGGCCCCUCUAGGCCAGCGAAGAAACCGCUCCCAAUGGACAUCUGCAAAGGGAGGGCACAAGGAGCUCCCCGUGGCCAUGUUGUUCCCCUUUAGGAAUGGGGGCUCAUCAACCCAGGUCACAGCAAGGUCUGAAAGCCGGGAAGAACAAGGGAUACACACAGCAAACACAGCAGAUGCUGGGGGCACAGGAGCAGCCUCUGCUGGGAAGUCUAAGAGCCCAUCUCAGAGCCUAGCGAAGAAGGCUUUGGAGAACUCAGCGGACUUAUCUGCUGCAGAGCAAAAGGCGAAAUCCUUGGAUGACUCCAUGGCUCCCCUGAGACUAUCAUUAUCACCCCCUAGGGCCCAGAAACAAGUGUUUUCUCCAUCUCUGUGCAGCUCAGUCAUUACCAUAGGGGAUUUGGUUUUGGACUCUGAUGAGGAAGAAAAUAGCUAAAGGGAAGCAAAGGAGUCUCUGGGAAGAUAUCAGAAGACAGUUUGACACCUUGAUCCCUACAUUCUGUGAAUACCUCCCCACUGUGGCCCCUCAACUGCAUAGACAGCACUAGCCACCCUUGAUAGCAUUCCUGCCCUCUGUACCUACCUGCCUGCCUCUGCGGUUCUGUAGUGGACCGAAAUGGAAGCUGAGGCUUGAGCUGCCUGGCUUUAUGGCUCAAAACUGUUAUAACACUGUCUUGAUGUAAAGAAGGGAAACUGAGGCUCCUACAGGUCAGCAGAACUGGCCCCUCUAGAGCUGGAAGAGUCCCUCUGCCUUUCUACUUCAUUUGGAAAGUGUUAUUUAUUUCUGUCCAGGAGGAUUACUGGGCUUGAGAACGUGGUAAUUACCCUUGCACUAUUCUGAAAAGACCUUAUGCCAGAAUAUGCUAUGUAAAUUGUCUCACUUCCAGGUUACUUAGGAUGGUGGCCCUAGAAUGGACUAAUUGAUGUGAAUAAUGAAUGCUCAUGUAUCUACCUGCUGCUUCAGUGUUAACCCUUCCUGUGCCACCCCAAAACAGCACCCCGAUGCCAGCAUUGUGCAGAAAGCCUUAGCAUCUCUC